AUGAAUCGAUUAACAAAGACUGAUUCUCGGCAAGGCAGAUGUGUCCGUAGAACCCAUUCUCCAUCCGUCCGUGCUGUUGGGACCUGUGCUCCAGUCGCCGGAGCUGCUGCAACCCGUGCUCAAGCUGGAGCCACCGGUGUUCCUCAAGAUGCUGGUGUUCCUAGAGGAGCUGCUGCAACCCAUGCUCAAGCUGGAGCCACCGGUGUUCCUCAAGAUGUUGGUGUUCCUAAAACUUGUGCUCCUCAAAUUGGUGCUUUUCCCGUUGGUGCAUGGUGGUCAACGUCAUCUACUAGUGAAGAGUUAUACCCACCAGGAGGGUUCACAAAUUAUCUGCAGUCAAACCCAUUUGCUAACCAUCCUAGUGGAAAUAAUAUUCCAGAAAAUUUUCACUUUGUUGGUGCUGCAAUGGGUCAGUCUUCAAUGUCUCCAAUUGAUUUGGGUGCUAGAAGAACUCCUUCUCCAGCACAAGAAACUGAUGAUCUAGUGGAUGAUGUAGAUGUAGAAGAAACUGAAACAAUUAACGUCGAUGAGGAUUUUAGAACCGACAGGCGUUUGAACUGGUCGGUUGAUGAAGAUAAACGAUUGGCCAGUGCUUGGUUGCGUAAUUCAAAGGAUCCAGUCGACGGAAAUAGCAAAAAGGCAGAGCGGUAUUGGGCAGAUGUUACUAAAGAAUACAACAAGAACACAUAA